AUGUCCCCACCCCAACAACAACAACAGCCCACCCAGGGCCUGGUGCUAGGCUACACCAGCCCGCACCCCUUCUCCACCAUCCCCCUCAGCGACCGCGCCUCUGUCCAAGCCCUCCUCACCACAAUCCUCGACCCGCUCGAGCCGUUCUUCUCGCCGACCAAAGCGCGGGUGCGCAUGCCGGGCGCGACGGCGGUGCGGUUCGACCAGACGGCGUCCGAGGUGGAGGGGUUCGCGCGCCCCCUGUGGGGCCUGGCGAGCCUGCUGGCGGGGGGCGGGACGGGGGGGAGCAUGCCAAAUACGAAUUGGUUGUGGUUCCGAGUGUUUGCGAAUUUGGGCUUGAAGAAGAACGGCGGCAAGUUCUCGCAGGAGAGGCUCGAUGCGGAUAUCAAGCACCUAGAGACCUUCUAUCGCGGUGAUGGAUGGUCUAAUGACGGGCCGGAGGGGAUUCACCAAAUGGACUACUACUCGUCGAGUUUUGCCAUUCACUUCCUCCAGCUUCUAUACGCCAAGCUAGCUGCUGAGGAUGAUCCAGAGAAUGCCGCAGAGUUCAAGAAGCGGGCUCAGAUGGCGGCGCUGGACUUGGCACACUACUACGACAAGGAGGGGCGGUCCAUUCCUUUUGGCCGCAGUGUUGGCUAUCGCUUUGCCAUGGUUUCCUUCUGGGGCGCCCUUGCGUACGCUGAUGUCGAGUUGCCCGCACCGCUUACCUGGGGCAUGGUCAAGGGCAUGGUCAUGCGCCAUCUGAGAUGGUGGCAGACACAGCACGACAUGUGGAGCUCGAGCGGCACGCUAACCAUUGGGUACUCGUACCCAAACAUGUAUAUGGCCGAGAACUACAACAGCCCGGGUAGCCCGUACUGGGCCUGCCUAGCAUUCAUCUGCCUCGCCGUGCCCGAGACACACCCCUUCUGGACCUCCAAGGAGGAGAACCACUGGGACGUGAUCCCCAAGAUCAAGGCACUCAAGCACCCAGGCCACAUCAUGAGCAACCUCGGCGGGCACUGCAUGCUGCUCUCUUCCGGACAGGCAUGUUCAUACCCGAUGAAAGGCACGCACGCCAAGUACGGCGCCUUCGCCUACUCAUCCGCAUACGGCUACUCAGUUCCCCCGGGGCUCUUCACGCUCGAGCAAUACGCACUCGCCUCACAACUCGGCCUCUCCGACGACGGCGGCGAGUACUGGAAGACGCGGCGCCUCUCCACCUCCACGCUCGAAGCCCGCAACAGCGUUCCGGUGCUCGUAUCCCUCUGGACGCCCUUCCCCGACGUGCACAUCAAGACCUACCUCAUCCCGCCCACCGAAGCCGCCCCCAACUGGCACAUCCGGGCGCACCAGAUCCGCGCCGCGGGCCGCACGGUGCAGACGGCCGACGGCAGCUUCGCCAUCAGCAGCUCGCGGGCGGCCGACGGGCGGCUGCUGGGCCUGUACGACGGGUCCGCAAACCACGAGGGCACGCGCCCCCGGCUGAUGGGUAAUUAUGAUGUGGCGACGCCCGAGGCAUGGGCGAGCGGGCUCGAGGGCGCGUUCAUCGUGUCCAAGGGUGCCGUGGGCAUUCGCGCGCUGGAGGGGUCUGUGGGCGGGCGUACGGCGACGCUGGUGAAUGCGGAUCCGAACUCGAACUUGAUUGAGAGUCGGACGGCGAUCCCGACGCUGCAGGGGACGGUGGAGAAGGGGCAGACGGUGUGGUAUGUGACGGGUAUCUACGCGAAGCCGGAUGGGGAGGGGGUCAAGAGGGAGGAGUAUUUGAGUGGGUGGGAGGAUGUGCCUGAGGUGCCGGGGUGGUUGAAGGAGGAGAUUGGGUCUUAG